CAUUAGAAGAAACACUGCUCAGCUAAGGGACUGAGUGAGUGAGACACACGGAGAUUUAAAAAAAAACCAGACAGUACAAAGAAGGACAUGUGACAGGGAAUACUUUGCAGGAACUACCUGAACAGUGAUAUUUCUACUUUGUAUGGGAGGCAGGAAACAAGACAGCUACCUGUGGAGAUGGGAAGUACAACCCCCCCAGGGUACCUCAAUGUGAGUACAAAGAUGGUCACCACAUCAGACCCAGCUAAGCAAGAGGAGAGUUACAGUGAGGCAACAAUGAUCCUGCUGGGCAUGAUUAUGUCCUUACUCGUGUUGUCCAUUGUUUUUGGCAACAUCCUGGUCAUAACAGCAAUCGCUCGCUUCCAGCGUCUCCAAAAUGUUACCAACUGUUUUAUCACAUCCCUGGCCUGUGCUGACCUGGUCAUGGGUCUCAUUGUGGUUCCUUUUGGUGCCUGUUACAUCAUAUUUAAGACAUGGCACUUUGGUAGUUUCUGGUGUGAGUUCUGGACUGCGACUGAUGUGCUCUGUGUGACUGCAAGCAUCGAGACCCUGUGUGUCAUAGCUAUAGAUCGUUAUUUGGCCAUCACUUCUCCGUUCCGCUACCAGUCGAUGUUGACCAAGUGCAGAGCUCGCAUUGUGGUUGUGCUGGUGUGGGUGAUUGCCGCCUUGAUAUCUUUCUUGCCCAUCCACAUGAAGUGGUGGAUAUCAGAUGAUGAGGAAGCUCAGAGGUGCAUUGCGGACAGUAACUGCUGCGAAUUCUACACCAAUAUGGCUUACGCCAUCACCUCAUCUAUCAUCUCCUUCUACAUCCCUUUGGUCAUCAUGGUUUUUGUCUACAGCCGCGUUUUCCAGGAGGCCAAGCGCCAACUGAAGAAGAUUGACCAAAGCGUUGGACGUUUCCAUAACAGCGACAACAGCAACCUCAAAUCUCUGGAGGCCAACAAUGGGCGUGGCCAAAAGAAGGCCAAGUUUUGUCUGCGGGAACACAAAGCCCUAAAGACACUGGGCAUCAUCAUGGGGAUCUUCACUCUGUGCUGGCUGCCCUUCUUUCUGCUCAAUGUGGUGGUGGCCAUAUGGAAGGAGCAGCACAAUGACCUCACCUUCAGGAUACUCAACUGGAUAGGUUACGCAAACUCUGCCUUCAACCCACUAAUAUACUGUCGGAGUCCUGAGUUCAGGUAUGCCUUCAAGGAAAUCCUCUGCAUGAAAAGGAACCGCCUCAGCAACCCGGGGCCCGUGAAUGGAUACAUCUACAGCAGGCAUAGCUGGCAGAGCGAGCAGCAAGGGAGGAGUAAGGGCAGCUCGGAAGACAGUGAGGGCAAUGAAGGGUGUCUGGGGAAGGGAACGGGGAUCUGCCGUGUUGUGGACAAAGCAGUGGAUCCCAAUGGGAAUUGCAGCAAAGGCCUAAAAACUGUAACAACUGUCCUUUAAACUAAGAUCCCUGAGACUUCUGUCAACAGGGCGAACCCGACAUGUUUACACUGCUAUCAUAAACUUUUUCCAGUUGACUAAUGAAGGUAAGACCAGUCAAACUGACUGGUAAAGUCUCUGGAGACUGCUUAAAAACUUAAUCAUGUUCAGCUGAGGAAAAUAUUUCUCCUCUUUCAACACAUAUAAUAAAAUACUGUAGGUAGAUCACUCGUCCUUUUGUUACAUUUAUGUUUAAUUUCCAUCUACCUCAUCACAUCUUUUUCAAUAUUUGUUUCUUGAACGACUAUCAGAACUAGUUCACAUUAACUCACUGUCCACAGGAGGUACUCUAGGGCAGUAUCUCAGCUGUAUAUUUACUCUACCAAAUGGUCUGUGCAUUCUAUAAUUUGUAAUUAUCUGGCUCCAAUUCGUGGGCAUGUUUUUUUAUCUCAGAGUUCUUGGCAAAAGAUCUCACAAAGCAUACAUUUGUUUCUGAAAUUCACAUUAAUGUUGUUGGAUUCCAUUGCCAAUUCGGCAUGGAUACUGAGUCCUUAUUUUCAUCUGAAAAAGGACAAUAAGUGUGGAACUAUCGAACUUAAUGCCUCUUUGGUGCUUUGUUUGAAGAAAUACAUUCCAAAAAGCAAAAUUAUAAUUUGGCUUCAUUUCGUUUCCAUUUUUUUGAUGGGCUGUCUGGGUGUGAAAGAUGAUCAACAACAUGUGUGACAGAACCUCUCUCUCUCUCUCUCACUGCUCAGCAAUGUUGUGAGGCCCUGCUCCCUGCUCUAGUGUUUUACAGCCUGUUGCAUGGGAGUUUCAGUUGCCAGCAGAUAGCACCAGAGAUAUGAAUUUAUCUACAUCUCAUUGGUGCAAGCUGAGAAACGCCUGGGGCCAUCCUCUGUUAGUCAUAUGAUAAAACUUUCAAGUUUGUAUAUGUUGUAUCUGCCAAAUUCCAGUAUCAGCCCUGAAGGUAUCUAAUUUCUUUCUGUGCAAAGCAGAUGGCAUUAUGGUUAAUGUGGUUAAUCCUGGACAUUGACCUUUAAAGCUUGCAGCUGUUAUUCAAUAAAUUAAAAUGAAAUUUGCAGUUUGCUACUGCACAUCCUGCAAGUCAUAUCUUGCAUUCAGUCCAUAGGUUCAUUUGUGCAACAUAUAGAUCAGUAUUUGGUACAUUAUACAGUAUUGCCAUUAUGUAACUAUAAUGCAGUCUCUUGUCCCCUCUAUGUGUUGGUAGCUACUGUAACACUUGUCCUUUUUGUUGCACAAGCCCUGUUUGUUUCCCAAAUGUUGUGGUUGCUGUGUUUGCGCAUGUGUUUACUGAAACCAGAGAAGCUGUUUCCUUAGUCAUGGCACAAGGGUACAAACUACACACAAUAACAAACAGUGCGUCAAAAUAGCCAAGUGAUAACAAAGUCCCAGGCCCGAGACAUGGGUGUAACUAGUCAGACCAAUGAACAGGGAUGAGGAGAUGUCCUGAGCAGUGCAUCUUUGUCACCGCUCUCUGACAUUUCUCCUCACAGUAAAUGCAUGUCUCAAUCAUCAGUCAAAAAAUCAGUCGAACAUUUGGAUAAGACACUCCACUGAGCAGUGCCUCAGCUGUUACAGUUGUUUCAGUCCCUUUGGUGUUUGGUGUGUAGUCUACUUGGUGUGUAGUCUCCAGGAAAUGCCCCAAUCCAGCUGAGCCCGGCCCAAUAAACACGAAUAAAUCCAUUAUCUCCGCUGUUUGCUGGAGAAUCAGAUAACUCCCCCUUAAAAACAACACUGAAAUAGAUUAGUAGAUUAUAAAGUAUACAGUUCCCAAUUUGCAGGUUGUGAUGAGAUCCGAUAUCCCAACCUGAAAUGAGACUCUUGGCUCUUGGGAAUGUAAUUUUUUUUUUACUUAAACAAGCAUUAAUGGAGAUGAACACUUAGCGUGCAGGGCUUGAAUAGGAGAAUGUAUACACUUUUCCCUUGCUAAAUGGCUUCAUUACUCUCAAGAGGAGGAGUAAUGGACGUGUUGCUGCAGAUGUAACCCCCUUUUUCCAGUCAGUUUGGCUGUCUCUAGUAUGUUCUGAUCAAAAUGACAGCAUGCUAAAUGUGGCUACUGAAGACAGGAGGGGGAGUAGGGAUUCUCUGCCAGUCUAUAUCGGUGUUAGUGACCUGUGUUUUAGUGCAUGUAGCGUUGCCUCUGGAGUACGGUCAGCUGACACCGUCAAAACUGUGAACUUUGUUCCCUCAGAGGAAUCUCUAUGUACUGUAUCGCUAGGUUUGGUCAGCACUGCUGUCACAGAACUUAGGAAUAGACGUAACUACGGUGUCAUCAUACGUCAAUGUUUGCCAUGUGAAAAACAAGCUUUCCAGUAUGUGGAUUUUUUUUUCUGUUUUUCUUUUUCAUGGAUUUGCAGCAAAGUAAAUGCAGGGGUUGAAUGUCAUAACAAAUGUUCUCCAGGGUUUUUUUUUUUUUUUCAACAUUUUCACUGUACAGCAUGCACAAAGCACAAAGCAGAUAAAGAUCCUAGACCAAGAUUUUGAUAAAUGACUAUUGUAUUUAUUCACUCGCAAUUAAUUGUCGUCAAAUAAAUGAAUUGCAGCUGGAUCAAAAAAGGUCUGUAUCUAACACAUUUUUAGAAGCACUUCACAAAUAAUUGUCUGCAUGUCUGCUAUAUAUUUGUGGUGAUGUAUUUGUGGACUGUGGUAACAUUUCCUUUCAAAGUGAUCUGUUUUAGUGGAGUAGGUUGUGAACUAUAUAUCCACACUGCACCCUCCUGGCAGUGGCCUCUCCUUGCACCUCAGCUGUCUCAGAGUUAUUGAUAGAUACUGUUUCAUCAAUACGCUUGUAUAAUAAGGAAUGUAAUUCAUGUCUUCACCUCCUCAUGCUGGAGGACACAACACAAUUAUGUGUAAUGACUCCUGAAUGAUUAACUGACACUACAAACAUUCCGAGUAAAGCUGAUGGUUUGGAACCAUAAACCACGUCUACUGAUGCAGACAAUGAACAUUCAGUUCAGCCACCAAAGUUUGGCUCUAGAGUACCCAUCUUAUCCACAGGGUGAGGUUAUACCAACUCUGCAAAGAUAAAAGGUUCUUUUAAAGGUGGAUUCUGGGUUUAAGACAAGUCUUAGAGGAUAUAAUUCAACGUGGCACAUACACUUUUAGUGUAAGAAAAUAUAAUCGGUGUCAUGGAUUGACACAUUUUUACAUAAUGAAUGCUCAGGUGGGCUAAUUCUAAUGCUGUCCUCAUUGAUCCAUUAUUGUUCCUAUUUAAUAAAAGUAACAUCGCACACCGAAAACAGCACCCCAUGAUUAACCUAAAGCAGCACUAUAUACGUAGCACUUUCAUGGAACAUUUGUAGAAUCUUUGAACAAUUGAGUCCACGUUUGCGUUCAUGAACUAUAAACAAUGAAUGGCUAGAGAGUUACGCCUAUUCUCUUGUACCAUAAUAUUAUUGUGGAAGUCCUCUUUCCUGUUUGCGACUAAAAAUGAAAUGAUUGGUCAGCACGGAUGUCACUGAAGGCGGACUGUUCUGAUAAAUUGAUGUAUGUGAAUGUGAAUUUUUGAUGAAACUUAAAUAUUGCUUUCGCCGUCAUAUGAGAAGUAAACCUAUUAUAUGUGAACCUUUUUUCAUGGCCAGAGUGAAAAAAGCUGUCACUCAGCUGAAUGUUUACUAAAUGUUUGCAAGCUAUUUUUCGCACAAGUUUUUGUCACUGUUAAGGUAAUGAAGCCUGUUACAAUAUGUGGUGUCCUGUGGUAUUUAUGAAAAAGCAAAUGUAUAUGCUGUAACAUUUGUAUUGAAAUAAAUUAUGUACAUGUUGCAUGUAAUGUCCUCA